AUGGCAAACAACCGGCCAUUCGCCGAGGAACGCCCUGCCGCAAGGCAAAGGGUCGUGUCCCCUGGACAGUCUCGCCACGCGGAAGCGGCGGCCCCACCGGGCUUGUCCCGCCCCGCGGAAGCGGCGGCCCCUGCGCCGAUCGACACUGAGGCUGCUCCACGACCGAUGGUGGUCGAACCCGCCACUCCUCCGUCGAGAGAGCGGAUCGCCAUGAAUCGUGGCAUGCAGAUCAUCUACGAGACUCUUGGCCGAGUCGUCUCGUGGGGCCAAGUGAUCGGUGGAACCGACAUUGAUCACGCCCGAGACCGGGACGUCAAUUGGCCCACAUGGGUCGGAUAUAUGUGGGCGGUCAUGAGAGCCCUGGACAUCCCGGGCAUGUCGGUGGAUAAUGCUCUCUACGCGAUCCCCGUUCAUGGCACCGUGGACACAUUCCAGAUCAUGGGCCCCGACCACGUGAAGUCCUACCUUCGUGGCUGGCACAACUGGCGAUGGGACUAUGCCACCGAUGCUUGGAAGCGCGAUUAUUAG